AUGCCCCGAGAGAACAUCGGCGAUUCAUCUGCGAAGACCUUUGCGGAGUUACUCUCCGGCCCUCUGCUCGACAUCUACGUCGGCGCCGACGGGCGCAAGUGGACUCUGCAUCAAAACCUCCUCAUUCACCAUGCGCAAUUCUUCGACGAGUCCUUCACGAUCAACGGCGAGCAAAAGGGGAUAAAAGACGGGAAACUCGAGCUGCGCAACGAGGAUCCCGCUGCAUUCGAGCUCCUCAUCAAAUGGCUGUACCAGGGCAAGAUCGACGAUGUGUCGUGGAUGCCCAAGGAUGUCAAGUGGGACUACGCCUUCACGUGCCAGAAGCUUUACAUCCUGUGCGACACUCUGGGUCUACAUGACCUGAAGAAUCUCGCCAUUGACCAAUUCCGCCGCGGCUGCCACGAAGCCGGAUUGGUGCCGGGCCCAGACGAGAUGAAACCCAUCUACGAGAAAACCCACAUCAACUCGCCCUUUCGGAAGCUCGUGAGUAGGAUCGCCGCAAGACAAAUCAUGGACCCCGGCUCGGAAAAGAACGCAACAUCUUACAGGGAAUGCUUCGCUGUUUCGCCCGAUUUUGCCGUUGACGUGAUCAACGCGAUCAAGCAAGGCUCUGGAGGUUCACUGUUUGACGACCCGACCGAGGGCAACUCAUGCAGGUACCACGAACAUGCAGAGGGCGAGACAUGCCAGAAGAAGACGGUCAAAUUCAAGGACAUCCCAUCAUGA